GAAAAGGUACCUUUAUACUCCGGAGUUGGACUUCGAAUUUUGAAGUCCAACUGUCCACCAUGAACUGUUCGGAUUUAUUCAAAUCGUUGAUCAUUCACGGUUAGACUCAUUAGAGAGUUAGAGCGAUUUCAGUCGUAGCUAAGAGGAAUCUGCGUUCUCAUGAUGCGGAAUGACGACGCAGACCGAGUGCUGGACGCGGAGCAGUGGCGGUUGGAAGCCCAGGCGGUAAUCAAUGACGUGAAAAAGCACGUGCAGGAUCUAAGGAUGUCUGAGCGGCUGACCAGCACAAACCAGAUUAUCUAUCUAAACCUGAUCACGCUGGAGGGUCUGCGGUUUUGCGUGGAACUAUCGGCUGCCGGUUUCGCCAUCGUCGGCAAUCGGCACGACGAUACGUCGAACGCGAGCAAUGAGCGUUUCGAGACGCCCUACGGCCUCCUGAACUUCGUCAGUCCGCAGUACAGGAAUUCAUUCGGGAACGCACUGUUAGAUAAACUGAAAGAACUGAGCGAUAAACAGUAGAUCUCGAAAGAUAACAGAAAAAGAGCAACGUUAUUGUUUUUAGAUUGUUGCUUAGAUCAAGAAUUAAGUUAGAGGUUAAGUGCGUUUGAUUCUCCCAGUGAGUUCUAUAAUGUAUUGGAGCAUAUUUUUUUAUUUUUUCUUGUUAUGCCCAGAAUUUUGACUGCGUUUUGUCUAUAUUAAAUUAUAAAAAACUGUAGCUCGAUAAUCGAGAAGAAAGGCAAACAAAUAUUGUUGUCUUGUCUUUUUUACUCUUUCUUGCAACAGUAUUAGCCAGUCAACAGUCUCUAACAAAGAAAACAAUAUAAUCUUUUAUUAUCAGAGUGUCAUUGUUUAGGAAAUUGGGAUAUUCACGCUUCUCAAUGGCAUGCUCCAGUAUAUUAUAGAACUCAUUGAAUCCUCCAGAGCUGAGUAGGUUUGUUGUGAAACUUAAUUAGAAAACUCUUUGUUAAAAAUGUCAAACAAUUGAAUUUUCUUGAU